AAUUAAACAACUAAUGAAAUACCAAGGAGCACCCAAGCUAUUUACUUUUAAAAAAUGAGAGCUGAAACACGUCCCAUUCUCGCCUGUGUUUGGAUUCUCCUAGAAGCUGCGAAUUUGCGAUACCCAGUUGGGCAAAGAACCAUGGCUACCAUGCCUUUCUCUGCGACUUUCUCGUCGCCCGUACGUGGUUUCUCGCAAUCCAAACAGACCACAGCUUCGUUUUCUCCUCUGCCUUCCAUUUGUUUCUCUGCUCCUUCCUUCAAAUGCUGUCAUCGGUCCUCAAAAUCGACCUUUCUGCAUCGUGGGUUUUCCUUGCAGUUUGCAUCUAUUUCUGCGUUUCAGUCGAAAUCUCGAUCUUUUUCCAUUUAUGCAGGAACAGCUACGGAGAAAACCCUCCAUGAUUUCACUGUAAAGGAUAUUGAGGGGAAGGAUGCUCCUCUUAGCAAAUAUAAGGGGAAAGUUCUUUUGAUUGUCAACGUUGCUUCAAAAUGUGGUUUGACAACAUCAAAUUACUCAGAGCUCUCACAACUGUAUGAGAAAUAUAAGAACCAAGGAUUUGAGAUUCUAGCAUUUCCUUGCAAUCAAUUUGGGGGACAAGAGCCAGGAUCUAAUUCCGAGAUAAAACAAUUUGCUUGUACCAGGUUUAAAGCAGAAUUUCCAAUAUUUGAUAAGGUUGAUGUGAACGGACCAAACACAGCUCCAGUUUACCAGUUUCUUAAGUCUAGUACAGGUGGUAUUUUCAAUGAUCUGAUCAAAUGGAAUUUUGAGAAGUUUUUGGUGGACAAAAACGGCAAAGUUGUGGAACGGUAUACUCCAACAACAUCACCACUUCAAAUUGGGAAGGACAUUCAGAAGCUCCUUGCAGCGUGAGGAGUAGCAGGAGAAGAAGGACAUGUAAAUGGAGAAGGCAUGAGAAAUAUGUAGAUUAAUAGAUUAAUGUUCUUUGUACUAUAUAUGAACUGGUAAUAACAUAUCUUGUUCUGUUUUACCUCUUCAUUGGCCAGAGACUCAAGACAUGGGACGAACGGUUACAUGAUUUGUGCUUCAGAUAUCACUAAUUUUUUGAUGUUUUUCUUCAUUUACAAGUUCAAUUCCUAGUGUUCAU